UUUCCACAACGAUGGAGCCAAGACCCUCGAGCCUGUAACCAAAAAAACAGACGAUCUGACAAGAUUUUGCAGACAUUGAGGUGGGGUGCUGCUCUGCAACUUGUCUCACCAUGUGCCCGCUCAAUGAAUCUCAAGCAGUCUUAUGUGGUGAUCUUUUGGACCCUAAGGACGAUGAAGAGAACGAUGAGACGAAGAGAGGAGGAGGAGAAGAAGAAGAUGAUGAGAUCAUAAACGGGAUUUUCCAACGGGUGACAAUGAGCGAGGUAGCAGAGGAGUUAACGUUAUUAGGGAAGAUUGCAGGCCCAAUUCUAAUGACAAGCUUGCUCUUAUACUCUCGGUCAAUCAUCUCCAUGCUCUUCUUGGGCCAUCUGGGGGACGUUGAGUUAGCUGGUGGGUCACUUGCAAUUGGGUUUGCAAACAUAACAGGCCACUCAGUCAUGAGAGGACUAGCCAUGGGGAUGGAACCAAUAUGUUGUCAAGCAUAUGGAGCUAAGAGAUGGGUUGUCCUCAGUCAAACCUACAAAAGAUCUGUCUUUCUGCAGCUACUUGCAACCAUACCCAUAUCAUUGCUCUGGCUAUACAUGGAACCCAUACUACUGUGGUUAGGUCAGGACUCAAUCAUCACAUCAACGGCUAAGGUUUACAUCACUUUCUCUCUUCCAGAUUUGCUAGCCCAAGCUCAUCUACAUCCCGUACGGACUUUCUUAAGGACCCAAGGCUUGACCACACCUUUAACCUUAACUGCUACUUGCGCAAUGGCUCUCCACCUUCCCAUCAAUUACUUCCUUGUGAUACAUUUGAAUUUGGGUGUGAGGGGUGUGGCUCUGGCCGCAGCCUGGAAUACUUUGAACUUGAACCUCGGUUUGCUACUUUAUCUGCUUCUGUCAAAAACAGCAGUAAAGCCUUGGGAUGGAUCGAUUGUCUCGUGCUUUCAAGGUUGGCGUCCAUUACUUGUGCUGACACUGCCAAGCGUGUUGUCUGUAUGCCUGGAGUGGUGGUGGUAUGAGAUCAUGCUUCUUCUAUGUGGGCUUCUAACCAAUCCACAGGCCAGCGUGGCUGCAACGGGCAUCCUAAUGCAAACAACAAGCUUGAUAUAUGCCUUCCCCUACUCGUUGAGCUUGGGCUUGUCUACUCGUGUGGGACAUGAAUUGGGGGCUGGCCGUCCUACCAGGGCUCGAUGGGCAACCAUUAUCGGGCUUUUCGUAGCAGUUGUCUGUGGUCUUUCAGCCUUCGCUUUCACAACUGCCGUGAGAUACACGUGGGGAAAGAUGUAUACAGCUGAGCAAGAGAUCCUAAAAUUGACGUCCACUGUGCUUCCCAUCUUGGGAUUUUGCGAGCUCGGUAACUGUCCACAGACAACCGCCUGUGGGGCUUUGAUAGGAACUGCACGACCCAAAGUGGGGGCUAAUAUAAACUUCGGUUCCUUUUACCUUGUUGGAUUACCAGUUGCGGUUAUCAUGGGGUUUUGGUUGAAGAUAGGUUUUAUGGGACUGUGGUUCGGGCUUGUUGCGGCUCAGGCUUCAUGUAUGUGUAUGAUGAUGUAUACAUUGUUUCACACCGACUGGAAGUACCAAGCUAAGAGGGCCAUGGAGCUUACUCAAACUGCAGAAAGAAACCAGGACGAUUUGGAAGCCAGCCUGUUCAACUGACAACUGACAGUUAAAAAGUCCGUGGAAUAAAUCCCUUAAAAAGGUUUAAAUUUAGAUCCUCACCAUCUCAAAAACCCUUCGUGUUUUGGGGAUGACUAAUACAUAGACGAAUGUAAAGCUUCCUCCUACUAUUACUAAUUUGCAGCAAUAAAAAUUUCUGUCCAAGAGCAGGAAAAAAAGGAGGGGGGAUUUAGCACUUCAUUGAAUUCGAAGUGGAAUUAAAUUGCUUUCAGGAAGUGAUUUUCAACUUCAGUUCUUUCCUUACAGCCUA